GGACCCCAGCUGCGGUGACGUCCCCACAGUCAGCCCCCUGACAGGAAGGGACACCACGUCCCACGGGAACACCCCAAUGGAAGGGCUGUGGGGUGACUGUGACGAAGACCCCGAACCGGGGGGCACUCUGCAUCCCCCACCCGCUCAGCCCCAUCCCAGCCCCGCGGUGCAAACGUGUCCCUCGAGGGACCCAGAGGAGGGUCCCCUCGCCCAGACGCAGACCCUGCGGGACUUUGAGAAGCACCUCAACGACCUCAAGAAGGAGAACUUCAGCCUCAAACUCCGCAUUUACUUCCUGGAGGAGCGCGUGCAGCAGAAGGGAGAGGGCAGCCGGGACGAUGUCUACCGGCGGAACAUCGAGCUGAAGGUGGAGGUGGAGAGCCUGAAGCGGGAGCUGCAGGAGAAGCAGCAGGCACUGGACAAAACCUGGGUGGCUGCAGAGAACCAGACAAACCGCAGCGAGGCUGCACUCCGGCAGCACUAUGAGGAGCGGCAACGGGAGUCGGAACAUGUCUACGAGCUGCUGGAGAACAAGAUCCAGCUCCUGCAGGAGGAGGCCAGGCUGGCCCGCAGCGAGGCAGAGCAGGCCACCGCGCUGGCCAAGGCUGAGGCACAGCGGUGCCAGGAGCUGGUGGCCAAGCUGAAAGAGGCGACGAGGACAAAGGGGGACAGUGGGAGCGGAGAUGGCUGUGACACUGCGGCCCAGAGGAGGAUGGAGGAGCUGGACUGUAUGGAGGAGAUGCUGCCAACUGAGAGGUGUGACCUGCAGCAGCGGGACAAGGCUGUGACAGGGCAGGUGGGUGCAGCACUGUGCAGCUGUCGGUGGGGCACGGGUGGAGCACACCCUGCAGUGUUGGGGAUUGGUGCUGCGUUGUGGUGCUGGGGACACUGGGCUGUGGGCAAAGCAUCCUGGGGCCCUGCAGCUGCCUGCGCCCAUCUGCCCUAUGGUGGCCCAGAUGGCAGCGCGUGAGCCACCUGCAUGUGG